AUGGGUCAAGCCGCAUCUCAGCCCGUCGCAUCGGCACCUGCCUCUUGCCCCGUUCACCACUCGCCGCCAGCGACCACCGUGUCCACCUCUGCCGCCCAAUGUCCCAUCCAACAUGACCAAAUCGUCUCGUCCACACCCUCUUCAUCCGCCCCAGCACAAUGCCCGAUAAUUCACGAACCGGACACGCUGAACCCGCUGAACCAAAUGCCCACUCUUUCCCAGGCACCCGUGGCAAACCAAGCCAUCGCGCUGCCCACCUCUCGUUCCACAUCCUCUAUCCCGCGUGAUGACUCGACCAGGUGGGACUACCCAUCGCCACAGCAGUUCUACAAUGCGCUGGUACGCAAAGGCUGGGAGACGCCGGAGGAGCACGUUGAGACGAUGGUGCAAAUCCACAAUUUCUUAAAUGAGCAGGCGUGGCAAGAGAUACUCAAGUGGGAACGGAAGGAAAACUCAACGGCAGAUCUGCAGUUGACCAGGUUCAAAGGGCGACCUGGCGAGUUAUCGCCCAAGGCACGUUUCUGGUUGUUCGCGGGUUGGCUAUUACCCUCAAGGUUCAACACCGAGCCGCCGUUUGACCGCCAUGAUUGGAUCGUCCGGCGAAGAACUACGGGUGAGGAGGUGCGGUAUGUUAUCGAUUACUACUCUGCGCCUCCAGAGCCCGACGGCUCGCCUGUGUUCUCCUUGGACGUUCGACCGGCCCUCGACAGCGUCGGCAGUAUCAGACAGAGACUCAUGGCUGCCACGGAAGACGUCUGGCCUUCACUGAAGGAAAACAACCAGACUGCGCGAGAUGCCUGA